AUGUGGAUUCAUUUGCUUGUGAUAACACUGCUGGCUGCAGUCUACUGGAUCAGGCAACGGUUUGCCUACUGGGAAAAGCGAGGAGUGCCAUAUGUGCCACCAACCUUUCCUCAAGGGAAUUUGGCCGGUGUUGGUAAAAAGAGGCACAUGUCUGAGAUUUUGCAGAGCUGUUACAAGCAGCUGAAAAGUUCCGGUCGUCCAUACGGUGGUAUUCACUUCUUCAUCAAUCCCGUUGCGCUGCUGAUUGAUCCCGAUCUUAUUAAAACGGUGUUGGUGAAAGAUUUCCCUUACUUCCACGAUCGUAACCUGUACCACAACGAUCGGGAUGAUCCUCUUUCACGUCAUUUGGUGGCGAUGGAGGGAUCAAAGUGGAAAAACCUACGAGCAAAGCUUACACCUACCUUCACCUCCGGUAAGAUGAAGCUCAUGUUCUCCACUGUGACGGCUGUAGCGGAAGAGUUCGACCGUUGUAUGUCGGAUGAAGUGAAGAUGAACCCAGUGGUUGAGAUGAAGGAUCUACUAGCACGCUUCACCACGGACGUGAUUGGAUCGGUUGCGUUCGGACUAGAGUGCAACAGUUUGAAAGAUCCGGACGCAAAGUUCCGUGUUAUGGGUCGUAAAGUGUUCCAAGCGUCUCCGUACCGUGCGCUCAAGAUCUUUCUAGCCGCCCAGUUCCCAGAGAUAGCGCGAGCGCUUCACGUGAAGCUAACACAGCCGGACGUAUCGGACUUUUUCAUGGGCGUGGUGAAAGAUACGAUCGAUUUCCGGCGGAACAAUAAUGUGCAGCGAAAUGACUUUAUGAGACUGCUUAUGAAGGUCAUGAAGGAGCAGAUCGAGAACGGUGAAGCUGGCGGGGAUCUGAAAGAUCAGCUCACGAUGGAUGACAUUGCAGCGCAAGCGUUUGUGUUCUUCUUGGCUGGGUUUGAAACUUCCUCCACAGCGAUGUCGUUCUGUUUGUACGAGCUGGCCCUUAACCAGGAGCUGCAGGACAAGGCACGACAGAACAUCGCAGAAGUGUUGAAGAACUAUGACACUAUCAGCUACGAAGCGGUGCACGAGAUGAAGUACAUUGAGAUGUGUAUUAAUGAAUCUUUGCGAAAGUAUCCUCCAGCGACCACUCUUACCCGUCGAGUCGAGAAGGACUACCGAGUAGCGGGUACCGAUCAGGUGUUAGAGAAAGGAAUUAUGGUCGCUGUACCGGUGUACGCACUGCAUCACGACCCGGAACACUUUCCCAAUCCAGAACAAUUUGAUCCGGAGCGUUUUACAGCGAAACAGCCGGAAAAACGUCAUCCAUUCGCAUUUCUACCCUUCGGCGAAGGCCCACGUAUAUGUAUUGGGUUGCGGUUUGGUAUGAUGCAGGCUCGGAUUGGAUUGGUUUAUCUGUUGAAGCACUUCCGCUUUACGCUAGCGAAUGAUAGGAUGAGCGUACCGUUGAAGAUUUCUUCCGCAAGUCCUAUUCUUACGAUCGAUGGUGGACUUUGGUUAAAUGUGGAGCGAUUGUAAAGAAUCUUCCACAUGUCAAAGAUGUUCUGCAGCAAAUUUUAUACAAAAGUAUAAUUUCAAUGUUUUAAAUAAAGGUUUGUGUUUUAAAGUAGUAUGAGAAAUCAGUUUCCUCAA